CGCCCGGGGGGAUUUGUGAGGUGGUGUGGGGGCUCUGGGGGUGUUAUAUGGACCUGGGGGUGUUACAUGGGCCCUACGUGGUGUUAUAUGGACCUGGGAGGUGUUGUAUGGGCCCUGAGGGGUGUUACGUGGGCCCUAUGUGGUCUUAUAUGCACCUGGGAGGUGCUAUAUGGGCCCUGAGGGGUGUUGCAUGGACCUGGGAGGUGUUGUAUGGGCCCUGGGGGGGCGUUACGUGGGCCCUACGUGGUGUUAUAUGGACCUGGGAGGUGCUAUAUGGGCCCUGGGGGGUGUUGUAUGGGUCCUGCGUGGUGUUAGAUGGACUUGGGGGUGUUAUAUGGGCCUUACACGGUGUUACGUGGACCUAGGGUUUGUUAUAUGGGCCCUGGGAGGUGUUAUGUGGGCCCCAGAGGGUGUUGUAUGGGUCCUGGGGGGUGUUACGUGGACACAGGGAGUGUUAUAUGGGCCCUGGGGGGUGUUAUGUGGGUCCCCAAGGGUGUUAUAUGGGUCCUGAGGGGCAUUAUAUGGGUCCUGCGUGGUGUUCUGUGGGCCCCAGAGGUUGUUAUAUGGGCCCUUUGUGGCGUUAUGUGGACCUGGGGGUGUUAGAUGGGUCUGGACACUGUAAUAUGGGCCCCAGAUGGUGGUAUAGGGCCCUGAACAACGUGACGUGGGCUUUGCAAGGUGUUACACACAGGCCCUGGGUAUCAUUACGUGGAUCCAGUGGUGUUAUAUGGUCCUGGUCAGCGUAAUAUGGGCCCUGGGUGGUGUGUUAGGGCUUCGGACUCUGUCAUAUUGGGCUCGCAAGGCGUUAUAGAGCCCCGGGUGCUAUUAUGCGGCCCUGGGCGGUGGUAUAGGGCCGUGGCUGGAGUCGUUACAGGGCCAGGGCCGGCGUUGCAUGUCACGUCACGCCGUGUCGCCGUCACCCGUCACCAUCACGUGCUGGCGGCCCCAGCCCAGGAAGCCCAGGAAGGGGAAGUUGGUGCCGCGGCCGCGGGGCGGAUCGGGGACGAGGGGGGACGCGGGGUGGCCCCCCCAGCACGUUGCCGCCAUGUCGCUGCCCUCCGUGUACCAGAACAAGUUUGCCGAGAAGCUGACCAUCCUCAACGACCGGGGCCGGGGCGUCCUCGUCCGCAUCUACAACAUCAAAAAGACCUGCUCUGACCCCAAGACGCGGCCGAACUUCCUCAGCGACAAGGCCAUGGAGCCCUGCGUCAAGUUCAUCAACAAGAAGUUCCCUAACCUGGACGUGCGGAGCAGCACGGUGAGGGGCCGCGAUGUCCCCUCUGUCCCCAGCCCCGCGUCACCCUCCUGGGUGGCCUCGUGCCACGUAGCACCUCCCUUCCACCCUCCCGAUGUCACCCUCAAGCACGGGGCAGUGCCACCGCCCCCCGCAGCGCCCACGCGUCCCCUCCUGUCCCCCGGGGACCUGGCGGGCCGUGGGGUGCGCUGA